AUGUGCCCUCUGAGGAAGGCUGUGCAGGAGUGUGCUAAGGGUGUGCAGGUCAUCGCAGUGCCCACUCUGGGCUCCACUAGGACAAUUGAAAGUGCUCUUUUGGGUAGAGAUGUUACUAAGUCAUCGUGGCUGAGUCGCUGCUACUGCUGCCCAGACCACCAAGCAGUGUCACCUUUUGGCACCAGUGCUCAGCUUCUAAGGAGGAAUGACCUGGCCUCACAGUGUUUCGUGACCACCAGGCCAGCCCCAUCAGCUUUUUUCUGGACCCUGAGUGACAGCUCGUCUGGGACAAGACACAAAUGA